UUUGUCGCGAACGAUAUAUAUAGAGGUUCUAAUUUGGCGUGGGAGGCUUAACUAGAGCGCCCUACGAGUGAAGGCACCAUCAUCAAAGUCUCACCUUUACCUCCUACUUACGCUAUACUAUUGACCCUCGUCCACCACUCCGCGCAAGACUUGCGGCAAUCCUCAGCGAAGAAGUCGCAGGCUACCGACCUACCAAUCGACCAGCUAACCCAAUCCUCACCUCAAAAGCCAUAACAACUCCACAAAAUGGCCGCCCAACGCCAGGCCUCCUCCGCCUCCCAAACGCCCCUCAUCUCCCCAGCAGAGCUUUCCUACCUCUACACAUCACUAUCUCUCCCAGACGGCCCUAUCCGCCCCGAUGGCCGCUCGCCCACGCAAUUCCGCCCAUUGACCGCAGAAACAGACAUUCUGCCGGGCACCAACGGUAGCGCGCGCGUUGGGUUCGCUGACGGUACGCAAGCCAUCGUGGGUGUGAAGGCUGAGGUGGAAAAGACCGUUGUUGCGGCCGAAGCACUGAAUCUAUCGCAAAAAACGCAGGAAGAUUACGCCGAUAAUGAAGGCGGAGAGGGCCAGAAAACAUCCAGUCAUGGCCAUGGCUCGUGGGUGCAGAUGUCUAUUGAGAUCCCGGGGUUUCGGGAUGAUGAUGCCCUCCCGGUUUUCUUGUCGGAGAUGAUGCGCGAGCCGCUUGUUGAGUCGGUCGCUGGAGGCGAUGGAAAGGGUGAGGAUGAGAUGGCUGGGGGGUUGAAGGGGAGGUUGGUUAUUAAUAAGAGGUGGCAUUGGAGGUUGUAUAUUGAUGUGCUGCUGCUGUCGCAGCCUCUGUCGUAUCCGCUGCCGUUGCUGUCUUUGACGACUCAUUUGGCUCUUUUGUCGACUAAGCUGCCUAAGCUCAAGUCCAAGGGAGAAGAAGAUCCCUUCUUCGAUGAUGAUUGGAAUGCCGCUGAAUAUCUAUACCCCCGCUCGCAGUCUGGGCCUCGCCUAUCCUCUACGAAGCAGGUCCGGCCUCCCGUGACGCUGCUUGUUAUUUCAGUGGGCGAUAAUGUCAUCUUUGAUCCUAACAGGGAGGAAAUCACUGUCGCGGAUACUGUUCUGGCUGUUUCUAUCACCCAGGAUAGUGACUCGGAUGGUCUGAAACUACUUUCUAUUCGCACAGUCGACCCUCCGUCCCGUCUUACGCAGCCGGGUGUGUCGAACUCGGAGAAUGUGGCGACACUGGGUUCUACAGCAGCUGCGGAAGAGGCGGCCAUGACGGACCCGUCUACUGGCGAAGAGGUCGCGGGCGUUUGGAGACCCCGACGGGGCGGUGUCAAGCGGCGCACGAUUGCAAAGAUGCUCAAGCUGGUCUUGCAGAAGGGAGGUGUUGGUGAAGAGGUCCUUGAGGGUCUUGAGGGAGUCCAGGUGGGCUGAUCAAUUGGUUGACGAAUGGUUGAAAAUAUUGCCUCAAGCUGUGGCUAGAAUCAUGGAGGGCAUAAUGCACCCGCGCACCACCGCAAGAGUGGACAAUAUGGGAUAGCAGUCCGACGCUAUCUACCCUAUCUCUGAUACCGAUUCCAGGAACAAGCGGUGGUCCUCUGAAGAGAGAUUAGACAGGUACAUUAGACACAAUAAUACCGAUCUACUACCUCGUGCUGUGAGGGAGGAGGGAUUCAAUGACAGAAGCAUGUCCAGCAUGCCAAUGAUACACCAUUCUAUCCGAGCUUCCACAGCGCAUUCACACUAUUAGAUUUCAAUAUUUGUAACAGAUAGUUCUCAAACAUCAAUCCGGAAGCUAUC